ACCUGUAGUUUAGAAUGGCCUCAUCGUAAAGACAACUUCCCAGUUUCCUCAAGACUGCCUGUGCACUUACAUAGGCUGACCCAGCAGCAAACUUGAGAAGCACAGUCUGAGAUGGAUGGCAGUAACUGCAAAGUGAUUGCUCCUCUCCUAACUCCAAGACACCGGAGAAUAGUCACCAAAGAUGGCCACAGCACACUUCAGAUGGAUGGUGCUCAAAGAGGCCUUGCAUAUCUGCGAGAUGCUUGGGGGAUCCUCAUGGACAUGCGCUGGCGCUGGAUGAUGCUGGUCUUUUCUGCUUCUUUCGUUGUCCACUGGCUUGUCUUUGCAGUGCUCUGGUAUGUUCUAGCUGAGAUGAAUGGUGAUCUGGAACUAGAUCACGAUGCCCCACCUGAAAACCACACUAUCUGUGUCAAGUACAUCACCAGUUUCACAGCUGCAUUUUCCUUCUCCUUGGAGACACAACUCACAAUUGGCUAUGGGACCAUGUUUCCCAGUGGUGACUGUCCAAGUGCAAUCGCCCUUCUUGCCAUACAAAUGCUCCUAGGCCUCAUGCUAGAGGCUUUUAUUACAGGUGCCUUUGUGGCGAAGAUUGCCCGACCAAAAAAUCGAGCUUUCUCUAUUCGCUUUACUGAUUUAGCAGUAGUAGCCCACAUAGAUGGCAAACCUAAUCUAAUCUUCCAAGUGGCCAACACUCGACCUAGCCCUCUGACCAGUGUCCGCAUCUCAGCUAUUCUCUAUCAGGAAAGUGAAAAUGGUGGGCUCCGCCAGACCAGUGUGGACUUUCACCUGGAUGGCAUCAGUUCUGAGGAAUGUCCAUUCUUUGUCUUUCCACUAACCUACCACCACUCCAUUAUACCAUCAAGUCCUCUGGCUUCUCUGCUCCAGCACGAAAAUCCUCCCCAUUUUGAAUUAGUCGUGUUUCUCUCAGCAAUGCAAGAAGGUACUGGAGAAAUCUGUCAGAGAAGGACCUCGUAUUUGCCCUCUGAGAUCAUGUUACAUCACUGUUUUGCAUCUCUGCUGACCCGCGGUUCCAAAGGUGAAUACCAAAUCAAAAUGGAGAAUUUUGACAAGACUGUGCCUGAACUUCCAACUGCUCUGGUCUCUAAAAGCCCAAACAGGACUGAGCUGGACAUUCAUAUCAAUGGACAAAGCAUGGACAAUUUUCAGAUCUCUGAAACAGGACUGAUAGAAUAAGGUGUAUUUCAUGGUCCUCUAUUUUUAAUGUAGAAAAUAUACCAGCCUAGCUAUGCAGCUACGUCUUCUUCAAUCUGUCUGAAUUUUUUCUAAUGCUGAUUACAUCGCUCUGAAUACAUCACAGUAAUCUUUCCGAUGACCAUAAAAAUGGCCAUAUUAAUGGCCCACAAUAAAUAUUCUGGAAAUGUGACAUUCUACAUGAUGACUUUUCACCUGUGGUUAUCUGCCGAAAUCCAUGCAACUCAACAUGAAAGAUAAACAAGUAGUACCGGUAAAAGUUAGAAAUGAUGUGGUAAAAGUGAUAGUAAGGUUUCAUUUUCCUCAUCAGUUGAAGUAACAUCUCUGCUUCAAACCCCCUGGGUGAAAUGAUGCUUUCACAAUAUUUAACAACAUCUUUUAAAAUUGUUGUAUUUUCAAGACAAUCAGGAUCAUUCCUCUAAUUCUUUAUACCACAAAACUGAGUAAGUAUUAGUCUCUUAAUUUUUAUCAAGACCAAGAAUUAACAAAAUCACAAGUAGAUCUAUAUAUUAACUCUAAAAUCAUUUAAUCAUGCCAUUCAAGCACAAACAAAAUGCAUUUGUGUGACAAAAGAAGAUAAACUCCAGCCCAAAUAGAUUAUAAAGGCAAAGUGAUGUAAAACUACUUUAAAGCCACCCUGUAUAAUAUUUUAUUUUAAAAUUACAAUUAACUAUGACUUCUAACCUAAGUAAAAUCAUUCUCUUCCUACCUAUGAUCCCAAUACAUUUAAUGGUGUCAGAAACCACAAUGGUUCUAAAUACCCAGUAAGUGUAAAUAUAUUUAAGUUUUUGUAGAUAUAAGGGUUUAGUUAGCUAUAAUUUAACUUAGGAGAAACGUCUUCAAUAAAGCAAAAAAUAAUUAGGCAACAUAGUAUUUUCAAACCCAAAUUCCUGUUUCCAACUUCAAACAGUUUUUUCUAUAAACAUAAAAUGAGUGUUUAUUCACCAGUAGGAGGCUGAACUAGAUAAACCCUAUUAUGUCCUUCCAAAUCUAAUACUCCAUGAAAAUUAUGCUUCCUUUGCUUCAUUUUUUAAUUUUAUACAUAUGAAGAGCAAUAUUCCCCCCUUAACUCUGAUUUACAAAUAUCCUUAAAUCCAUUAAGUCUAUUCUUUCAACUAAAAAAACCCCAAAUUGUCCUCAAAGUAAAAAAGAACCAAGUCACCCUAUCAGAUUUCAAAUAGGUUUGUUGCUACUCUUCUGAAUUUUCCCUUAUUCCGUAUUAUGUGGGAAAAGGGAAAAAUGACCCUCCUCACUGGUGAUGACUUAGGGGGGAAUUAUCCCUUGAAAAUUAUACUUCCUGAAUAGUGACAGGCAGUUAUGAGAGUGAGGCACAGCAGUGAGGCUCAUUGUUUCACCCUCUGACGAAAAGGAAAAGAAAAUAAAGAACAUCUUUGCAGUGAUCUAAGACUGAUAACAGCAGAAGAAUAUCAAGGACAAAGAAACUUAAUCAUUAUGAACUUUGGCUGUUGGAAAAUCUUAGGAAUUCUUAAGUACUAGCCAGACCAGACCAAAUGACUUCUUUCAAACCCCAGACUGUAGUAACACAUGUAGCCAGAAUUCUUCUUUUUAUAAUAAAUAACAAGAUUCACCUAACCUGUGAAAAUAAAGUCAUAUUGAA